AUGCGUCGGAAACACUUUCCAUUGAGGCGAAGCGUAAAAGAAGCGAAGGUCUAUGAAAAUUCGAAAGACUCUCUAAAAAUCAAUGAGGUAGUUCAUAUUUACGGCAUUUUGGAACAUACUCGUUUGGGAUCUUCUGCCUUCCACGACGAGUGUAUGCAAGACGGCAAAGGUUCUGAACCAGUGCCUCGUGUUCAUGCUUUGUUUAUUCGCCGACUAAAGCACAACAACCCCUUGGUAAUCGAUUGUUCCGUCAGCUUAUCUUCAAUAAUUGACGAUAUCAAAGCAGUACGUCAGAAUAUAAUGAAGCUCCUGACAAGCUGUUUACACUGUGAUGAGGCUGUGGCGCAGUACACUCUCCUGCAUUUAAUCAGCUCUCGGUUGCUUGCUGAAAGCCCCUACCCGACCACACUUCCAGCGCUCAAUCUGAUUUGCAUUGCCACAAGCACAGGCCUCAUUCCGGACACUUCAUCCGAUGCCGAACCGAUGGAAGUACAAACGGAGUGUGAUCUUUCACUAGAACUGUGGAGUCGGUUACACGAAAUUGUACCCAAACUAGUCACUCAACUGGCCACUGUUGAUCUGACUUUGGAUUCACUUAACAAUGGUCCCUGUUUGAUGCCCAUUCGAGAUCCUUCCAAAGGAGUUUUGGAUGCCGGUCGAUUACAAGUUCCUGACGGUACACAGGUCGGUAGUGAAUUUUCCCCAUUCCAGUUAGUCCUAUUCGGUUUGGGUAGUUUGAUUCUCUCAAAUUUCCGUAUUUCUCCAGGCAACCUCUGUAUAACCUUGGCCUCCUUCGUGAAAGUUGACUGUACAUUUGUAUGA